UUAAAUAAUUGAAAACUGGAAGAUGCAGGUAUUUGGAGCCAAUGGAUUUCGCAGCACGGAUUCACACAGCCUGCCGCUGUUUAUAAUCUCAGUUACGCAUUCAACAAACGAAAAGCCUCCGCCUUCGCUUUCCCCCAAUCACCACACCCAUCAACCACAUCCCCUUUAUAUACAAGCCUUCUCUUCUUCUUCCUCUCCCAUCAUCACUCCGCCUUUUUACGUUUUUCUUCGCCAAAUAUCAUCACUUCGGUCUCCACAACUGGCAGAUCCAUUAAUGGACUCAUCCAGUGCUUCCAUUAAAAGACCUUGUUUCUUGGAAGAAAACUGCGGUUUGGCUUUCUUAGCAGACAUGGAAGCGGGCUAUUCUGGGCAGAAUCACCAUCAUUAUCAACAGGGUUUUGUGUCGAAGUCUAUGGGUUAUGCUAUAAUUAAUAGGUCUAGUUUCAGAAGCCUUCCUGGUUCAUCGCCGAGAUCUGGGAGAUUUUAUGAUGCUAGAUAUGAGGAUCACCAACCCUACUUUCUUGAAGCCUGUCAUCUCUGCAAAAAACCGCUUCAGAACAGGGACAUCUUCAUGUACAGAGGGGACACUCCUUUUUGUAGCGAAGAGUGCAGGCAAGAGCAAAUAGACAUGGAUGAAGCUAUUGAGAAGGAUAGGAACCUGUCUUCUUCAAUGAAGGCUAUGAGAAAGAAACAGCAGAGAGAAUCUACCUCACCCAAUAAGAGUCAGGAUUACUCUUGCGUAAGAGGAACUAUUGCUGCUGCUUCUUAGUUGAACAGAAACAUGCUAAGAGUGCAGAACUGGCACACUGCUGCAAUAUUUCCCUGAAAGGGAAAAAAGGUCCGAGUGUAAAAGGGAAAAAUAAAGACAGAAAACAGGAUGAAGAAAAAGAAAGAAAAAGAUACAUAAGGAAGAAAAGAAAGACAUGAAAGUUUUCAACAACUUAACUUUCGAUGAAGAAGGGUCAUAUUGAUGGAGAGGAGAGAUUGUCCAUUUAGAUUAUGGAAAAGUUUUGUGAAUGUAACUGUCUAUGUGCACAGGUUGAGAAGUGUGGUGUGUUGUUCCUGAGAGAUGCUCUCCACAAAAUGGCUCAUUUUUACCAGUUUUCUCUGUUCAUUUUCCUGAGGUUUUGUUUCUAGGUUCUUGGUUAUGGUUGUGCUGAGUUUAGUCUCAGUCUUGGAGAAGAAACCCAGAGCAAGGCAGAGUUCUUUCCCCUGAUGUAAAUUUUCUUUUUUCUUUUUGGUUUUAAUUUCGAAGAAUCAACAAUCCUCGUGUUAAAUGAAA